UGCAUUCAAACAAAGAGUCUCGCACUCGACGACAUUCGUUUUCUCAGCAUCACCUACGUGACAGCCCUAUAAACCUAAUCAACCCUCGGACCGUCUUUACUCGAUCGCCAAAACUUCAAAACAAAUCAGUCAAAAUGCAUGUCAAGUCCUUCACUGCUCUGGCGGCUCUCGCCCUCGCUGCUCAGGCCGUUGCCGAGCCCAUCCGCCUUGUAGGCGCGCCCUACAAGGCGGCCAGCAAGAUUCACAAGACCUCGGCCCGUCAGCUGUUCGGUGUCGUCCGUCGCCAGGACAACCCCGGAUACCAGCCCGAGCAGACCGUCUGCGGUACCGGCAACACCUGCGCCGAGGCUUGCGGUGCUGGUUUCGAGGCGUGCGCGUCCAAGGACGACUCGGUUCACUGCUACAACGCCGGCGCCGCUCAGAUCUGCUGCCCUAACGGUUCUGGCAACUCGUGCGAUGCUGGCUACUACUGCGCUGCCGACGCCCAGAAUGAGACCUGGUGCUGCCCCGAGGGCAUGAGCCUUGAGCAGUGCGCCGCCGCCUACAAGGUCGACGGGAGCCUUGUCUCCCAGACCGCCGAGGCCACCUCUACCUCGACUAGCUCUACCUCUACCAGCUCUACCUCCUCGGUCGCCAGCUCCACCUCGACCUCCAGCACCGUCGUGAGCACCACCAGCACCAGCAGCGUCGUUGUCAGCACCACCAGCACCAGCUCCGUCGUCAUUCCCCUCACGACCAGCUCGGUCGCUCUGACCACCUCGUCUGCUCCCGCCAUCACCGUCCCCGCUGUGUCCUCUUCCUCUAUCGUCCUCAUCCCCACUGGCCUCGCCACUGGCGGCGCCCCCUCUGGUGCUAACGGCACCUCUGUCGUGGUUGUCUCUCCCCAGCCCACGCAGUCCGAGGUUGCCAUCGGCGCUGGCAGCGUUGCCAAGCCCGCCGGUGCCUUCCUCCUGGUCGCGGCCGGUCUCGCCGCCCUUCUCUAAAUCCUCGCUGUGGAAUCAAGCCUUUGGACUACUUCGCCGGAUAUCUACCGGUAGCUCAAGGGCACUAUUGCUUUACUACGAGACAUGAGACACGACAGACCGAAUUCGCCAUGGUGGCUCCC